AUGAGUUCGAGUUCCAUGGAUCGACGUUCGGUAGCUCGGAAUCGGGGUCUCGGAAUGGACCCUCCACACCAUCCGAAGUGCCGAAGUGCCUUGAAGGCCGACAAUGAUCUGGUUGAGAUCGACUCUCCAAUCGACCCAAACCUUGAAGCGGCCGCCAUUACUCGUCUUGUCUGUGAAACGGACGACAAGGCCCCGCUCCUCAACAACCUCAUUGGCGCUAAAAACGGUCUUUUUCGCAUCCUAGGUGCUCCUGCAUCUCUUAGGAAGCCUCCAAAGGAUCGCUAUGGCCGACUUGCACGACACCUGGCCUUGCCACCGACCGCAUCUAUGCGCGACAUCCUCGACAAGAUGCUCUCAACCAGCAGCAUGGCCCCGAUGCCACCCAACAUUGUGUCCACCGGCCCUUACAGAGAGACCUUCCUCGAAGAAACCUUGGAAGUCAGGUUGAUCUAA